UCGCCCUUUUCGGUUUUUGCACUUCAGGGAACAAGGUCGUGAAAAUCGGAGGACUUGGUGUCGUGCCGCCAUUUCUUCUGCCUUUGGUCUCUGCACCUUUCGCAGAACUCCCAACAGCGCUAUGCUGGGACAGAGCAUCCGGAGGUUCACAACCUCUGUGGUCCGUAGGAGCCACUAUGAGGAGGGCCCAGGGAAGAAUUUGCCGUUUUCGGUGGAAAACAAGUGGCGGUUACUAAUUAUGAUGACUCUGUACCUUGGGUCUGGAUUUGCCGCACCUUUCUUUAUAGUAAGACACCAACUGCUUAAGAAAUAAGGAUAUUUUAUUUAAUUCAUGAAACAGAUAUGCAGGGGAGCAUUUUAAGAGGUGCAGUCUCUUUGAAAAUGGAUCAAACUCUUGAGUUCAAAAUACUAGAUGUGUCUGUAAAUAAACUUAUAGCAUGAAUCCUUAAUGCCUCUUCUCUGAAAUAUGGAAUGUGAAAAUUGAGCAUUGUGCUUGCUUUUCUUACUUGGGUAACAUUCCAUUACUAGUUCUUGAUAAAAAUAUGUGCAGUUCAGUUGUUAAUUGGUCUUAAAUUCUGAGAUUUAAUUUUUGAUUCGGUUAGGACCUUCCUUGUUGGCAACUUACAUUAUAAAGAGAAAUGCACGCCUGA